GGCUUUUAAAAGCACUCAUAAGACUGCAUACCAAAUUUUCACACACAACAAUCUAUAAAUUGGGGGCCAAUAAGGGACAAGGUCAGUUUGAUGUAUGCAAUAAAACGCAGUCAUACACCUGGCUGGCUCACAGUGGAUGGACUGUGUCUCUUCUUCUACAGCUGCAGCUGCUCAAAGAGGAAAGGAAUGUUUAAAAACGAUCUAACAACAUUAUCUAGAUGAAAAAAAGACAAAAAUAAAUAAAUCAAUUGCCAACACAAGCAAAUAUUUUGCCUGUAGAAUCUUCUUGCACUCUUUGAUUAGCUGGGCAAGAUGUUUUACUUAAUGAGUAAUAAUAUAAUGUACACUCAAUCUGUUACCAAACAAGAUUUAGACAUAUUCCAUAGAAAUGUUUUAGUCUUCAGUGAAACAUACAGAUUAAUGAUGAAGGACAGAGGGGUAUGCUACUUCUCGAUUUAAACCAGGCUAUGUAAGGAGCUAUUUUUCUGUUGCAUUCUGUUACUUGAAAUUUUUUUAGUGAAAUGCCAAAGAUACCUAAACAUUCAUCUGCUUUGAAAAAGAUGCUUUUAAACUACACUGUCACAUCUCAAUAAUAGUGUCCAACAACUAAAAACAAGGUUGAGUUAGCUAAGAAGAUGCACUGGUAACUAAAAACACAAAGUUUUAAGUGUGUAUUUUAUUUUUCUUAACAAAUAAUAAUUAAAAAUGAUCAUAUAUUCUUUCAGCUGAUGUCUGUGCUCCAUGAUGUGUCGCCUCCUGAACAUCUUGUUGGCUUUGCUGAGCCGCUCCCUUUUUGCCAUCCAUGGGGUUGUGACGGUGUGGCGAGUCGUGGCUGUUAAAGGGGAGCCCCUCCAUUGGCUGUUGCUUUCGGGCGUGGCUCUGUUGGGCGUGGAAAUGGUCCUCACCCUCAAAUGUACUCGCAAUGCAGAGUGGAAAUGGUUCUCCCCUAUGGUUUUCCUCUACCUCAGUACUGUCAUCCCAUCCAUUUGGUUUCUAGAGCUGAGCCUAUUACAGUCCAAGCUGCCCCUCAACAAUUCCUCUAGCCACGAGCUUCGUUUGCUGGACCACAUCCCGAACACAGUGGGCAUUGAGGAACUUGAACCGGAGAACUGGGUGGCAGGACUGGAGCAGACCAUGCUUAUUAUACUGGUUCUGGGUCGCUGGCUGAUGCCCAAAGGAGACAUGUCACGGGACCAGCUCUCACAACUCCUUAUGGUAUAUAUUGGACUGGGUGCUGACAUCUUAGACAUCUUUGAUACUUUCAAGGAACCUAAAGUUAAAAAUAACAGAGCGGUUGUCAUUGUUGGCCUGGCCCUCUUCUCUUGGGCGCUCAUGCAGUUUCCUCUGGUUCUCACCCAGACAAGAGCUUCACAGGGUGCCCUUCCCCAGAGUAGCUGGAAUAGAUUCCCCUGCUGUCAUGGGCCUUCAUCCUUAAUCCCCUCUUGCUGCUCCAAUGAGAUAUGGAGUUUGUUGCUUACUGUGGGACUCCAAGAUGCCCCAUUUCUGGUUUAUCGUCUAUACCUCAUGAUAAAAGAGCAGGUGCAGAACCAGCUGAUGAUUUUUUUCACCUGCAAGAACAUGCUUAUUGUCCUUUUGGAGCUUUACAGGAUCUCCGUGGUGCAUUUUGAACAGCAGGUUCGGCCCUCAGUGCUUAAAAGGAGUGGGGCUUUGGCGACUUAUUGUCAAACCUUUGGUGGCAGUGAGGAAGAGGAGGCUGAUGAAGAGGAGGGUAAACAGGGGUGUAGUGUAGAGCAAAGUCCUAGUAUGGACAUGAAAAUGGGACUCGACGGAGAAGAAGAUUAUACAGUGUUCACAUAAAGAAAAGGCUGCAAAUACCGGGAAGCUUGAAUUUGGCCCCUUAUGUGUAUGUGUGUUAGGUGGUGGGGGGACUGUUUUACAACCAUCGUACCUGCCAUCCCUUACAUCUCAGCCUCAUUUUAAGACAGUCUAAUCUCUCAGGAGGUUUGGUAACAAGAUAUAGAACACAAAAGAAGAGUAUGUCCCUACAAAGAAAAGAGCAGAUAGGAUUUCUUGCAACUCUCUUUGAUAAGACUUCAGAAAACUCUCUGCAACAAAAAAGAUCACUUCAACACUCUGACUCAAGAGCUGUCAGGUUCAUAUAAAGCAGUUAGUAAUGACAACACAACUGCUUGCUGCUUUGUAUUAAACCUUUUUUAAUUGCACAGAAGGUAGAAGAAUUUGAUUAAAGUCUCUGUUAGCAUUUAUUAUGGCUUUUACUAUCAUAUAGGACCUGAAUCAGCAUGAGGUGUGAAGCAUUUGCAAAUGUGUU